GUUCUGGAAACUCCUGCAGAUUUCUGGUUAUGGGAAACAAUGGCGUUCGAGAUACCUUACGAUCAAAUAAGGGAACUCCAGAUCUCACUUCGCAAGGAAGCCGCUGUCGCCUCUUACAAACCGGAAGACCCUCAACUUCCCGAUUUACCCUUGCUCCAGGACGCAAUUUCCGACCUCGACCUUUCUCCUCCGUACGUUCGAUGCAAGCACUGCCAAGGCCGGCUUCUCAGAGGCACUAAUUCCGUGAUUUGCGUCUUCUGUAGUAGACAGCAGAACAAUGGUGUUCCUCCUGAUCCAAUCAAGUUUACUUCUACUAUUGGUUGCCGUUGGUUUCUUCAGUACCUCGACUUAGAUGGAUCGGAGCUUGUGGCACGAUCAAUUGAAGCAAAUGAAUCUAACAAAGGGCCAAAUACACCAGAAAUUGCGUUUUCCUUGUCUGAUCUUUUAGAUUUAGAAAUAAGAUGGCCUUCUGAGCCUGAGGAAUUUGAGAGUAGUGUUUCUGAAAACACACCAGCUCAGCAGUUGAGUACUCUGAGUUUGGCAGGAGUUGAUCUGGACAACUUUUUUACUGAAGCUAAGGUAGACGUAAACGCUGUUCCUACAUCUACUGAGGAACAGUUUGCAUUGAAAAAACAUAAGGAUGCUGCUGCAAGUAAUCAGGGAAAUUUUAGCCUGUUUGAGAAUUUAAAGCCAUCUGAGGAAGUUCCUGCAAGGCCUAAGGAAGAUGAAAGUGGUGAAUCCUUUUCUGGUUGGGAGGCUGAUUUUCAAUCUGCUGGUUCUGGAACUCAACAACAGGAAUCCAAAUUAUCUGAUCCUUUUGUGGGAUCUGCUGGUAUCGGAACUCAACAACAGGAAUCCCAAUUAUCUGAUCCUUUUGUGCGAUCAUCUUUAGUUGAUCUUUCUUCCCACAUGGAUGAUGUUUUUGUACACGGCGGAAAAGAUUUAAUUGACAAUAAAACAAACGAAUAUACAACUUCUACAUCCAACAUGAAGGACUGGUUAGAAGGUGAUCUAUGUAGUAAAUCCAAUACUGGGGUAGCUGUCCAGGAUGAUCAGUUUGAAGUUUCCUUAAAUGAAAAGGAUCACAGAACAUCAGGGAGCACAGAUAAUUUUUCUUCCUUGGAUAUUGAUUGGAUUCCACACACUACCAACAGUGGUAACAUGGCAGCUGAUAAUAGAACUGUCAAUGAAGAUGAUGAUUAGUUUGAUGCUUGGCAUGAUUUUACAAGCUCAACUCGUGUAUUAGUUCCUUCUAGCAAUUCUUUGAAACAAGAUGUCAAUCACACAGUGUCCCUUUGUUGAGCAGGCAUCCUUGUUCAGUGAAACUAGUAACUCAAAGGAUGUUGAUUUUGGUAGCUUUCUACGGCAGGAUUAUCUCUCAGCAACUUUUAAUGAUCAAAAUGGUUCUGCAGAAGUGAAUGCUGUGGUGCCAGAAAGUUCUGUUUCAGAUAGGACCAGUUGUCCCAUAAUGAUGGUCUUGCCUAUACAAAGUGUCAGGUGGUGCUUCAGGCAAUGGCCCCUCAUUUCCAAUAGUUGUUCUAUUAUCUGAAUUGAGAGGGAUAUUACUAGUGAGGGUAAAAGAGAAAAUCCACAAAGGAAAAGGAUGAACAGCACAAAUGGAACAGGAGAAGGAAGUGCUGAAGAAGUUGAAAAAUUUUCUAAUGAAAAUUCAAAGUCAAAAGCUGAUUAUGCUGAGAUGUUGAUGUCACAUAUGCACAGAUCUCGCCUUUAUGCUCGCAAGCAAUUUUUCGUUUACUGAUAAAGAUUAAUUCCCUUUUUUCCUCUUCUAAAUAAAUUAAUUUCUUUUACUUUCACAUUGUAUUAGUGCAGACUCCAGCAAAUAUGCUAUCAGAAAGUUGAGCAAGCAUAAAAAUGAACAUUGGCGAAGUCCACAUAUUAGGCAAAUUUUCUGCUCGCUUCGGAAAAGGUAUCAAGUUGAAUCUACAUCCUACUGUUAAUCUAACUCCUCAGACUUAGCUUACCGGGUAUCAAUGUUGAAAAGAGGUUGCAGUAGCUUAGCUUACAAAAAACCUACUCUUUAAUGUUAUGUAUUAGAAUCAGUGGCGGAGGCCCUUUUGCCCCCAACUUCAUAAAAAGUUAUUAUUAUUAUUAUAUAUAAUAUUUGAUUAUUAAUUUUUAGUUA